AUGGCUUCUAGAUUUCGGUAUGCCAUCAAUUCCAAGUGCGUGCAAUGGCAUGCAAACUGCAACUACAUUGCAACUGGAUCAAGUGACAAAACUGUUCGCUUGUGGGAUGUCCAGAGUGGCGAGUGUGUCAGAAUUUUCAUUGGCCAUAGGAGUAUGAUAUUGUCGUUGGCAAUGUCACCUGAUGGUCGUUAUAUGGCAUCAGGUGAUGAAGAUGGAAAAAUCAUGGUGUGGGAUCUUGCAAGUGGUCGUUGUAUUACCCCUUUGGUUGGUCACGCCUCUUGUGUAUGGACACUUGCUUUCAGCUGUGAAGGUUCUCUUCUUGCAUCUGGUUCUGCUGAUUGCACUGUGAAAUUAUGGGAUGUAACCACGAGUACUAAGAUGCCAAAAUCUGAAGAGAAUAAAUCUGGAAGUACCAAUAGGCUUCGAUCAUUGAAGACUCUCCCUACUAAAUCCACUCCAUUAUAUGCUUUGCGGUUUUCUCGAAGAAAUCUUCUCUUUGCUGCUGGUGCUUUCUCAAAAAGUGCAUAAUAUUACAACAUAUUCACAUUGGAAAAUUUAGAGUGAUUAUGGCUUCUAGAUUUCGGUAUGCCAUCAAUUCCAAGGGAGAAAGACCAUAAACCGGGGAGAACUUCUCGGGGAAAAGGUGCUAUUGCCAGGAGGAGCAUUGGGAGAGUGAGUAGUUGGAAAUGCUUUAGGUUUUUUUAUGCUUCCAUUUACUUUAGCCACUUAUUGGCCUUUAUUUUUAGGAUUUAUACUGCUUGAGAUCUGAUCUAAUUAUGUUAUAUAUGUUGAAACACAAAGGCCUAUUUAUGUCUAUGAAUACGUAGCCUGAUGAGAGGGCACAAUGUAUCUAUAUAUAUUUGUAUGUUGUCUCUUCAUUGAAAACAUUAAAGAAAAAAUAUUCUCUUUAUUUA